ACCAUUGGGCAGUUUCUUUUUGUACUUUGUGAGAAUCUGAUCGAAUUGUUGGGCAGCAGCUAUGAUGACCAUAGUCGGUUUGUUCCUGGCUUUCGUUCAUGUUGCCUUUGUCGCGAUUUACUUUUACCUCACCUGGUACCACAAAUACUGGGAUAAAAGGGGAGCAAUCACCGCCGAACCAUUGACUAUUUUGGGUACUUACCCCGGAAUUCUAGUCAACAAAAGCCGCAGUCUCAUACUCGAUGUUCAGGAUGUGUACAACAAAUACAAGGACAAAUAUAGAGCGGUGGGCACUUUCAUCACUCGACAGCCGCAACUUCUGAUUUUGGAUCCCGCCCUGGCCCAUGAGAUUCUGGUGGACAAGUUCAGCCACUUUCGGGACACCAUAACCAGCAGUUUUGCGGGCCACAAUCCGGAGGAGAAGUACGUGCAAAAGUCACCCUUUUUCAGUGCUGGCGAGGAAUGGAAGCGAAGGCGGACGGAGAAUGUGGGCGGACUCACGCCCAGUCGGCUGAAGCAGGCCUUCGCCAUUUGGGAGAAGAGUGGUCAAAAGCUGGUCGAAUAUAUGGAAAAGGCAAGACGGGAGCAGGGUGAUGUCAUCGAGACCAGAGAUCUGGCCUAUCGUUUUACGGCCCACAUAAUGGCGGACUUUAUUUGGGGCAUUGAGGCGGGUUCCCUUAGCGGCAAUGUUGGAGAGAUUGGGGCCUUUCAGAAGAUAUCCACGGAUUGGACUGUGUAUGCCUUCAGCUCGAUGAUUCGGUUUAAUAAGAGCCUUGUGGCCACAUUUCUGCGAAAACUAUUCAAGAUGCGGUUUUUCACCAAGGCAUCGGAGGAGUUUUUCCUGCGUUUAACCCAGGAUGCAGUGAAGCUCCGGAUGGGGGGCAGUGGAGAGGGUCGCACGGACUACCUAUCCCAUCUGAUUCAACUGCAGCAGCGUGGAAACUCCAUUAACGAUUCCGUGGGACAUGCCCUCACCGUCCACUUGGAUGGUUACGAAACCUCCGGAGCAGUUCUCUACCACAUGCUCUAUUCGCUCAGCGAACACCGCCAAGAGCAGGAAAAGUUGCGCUCCGAAAUACUAGAUGCCCUGGCCUCCGACGACAAUAUCAGCUACGAACAGCUCAAUGCUCUGCCCUAUCUGGAUCAAUGCGUCAAUGAAUCUCUUCGACUGACCACGCCCAUUGGUUUCUUUAUGCGGAUCUGCACCAAGCCAACUCAAAUUGAUAUGGGCAAUGAGAAAACACUGGAUUUGGAGCCAGGUGUAACAGUGAUGAUUCCCGCCUUUCAGUACCACCAUGAUGACGCCUUCUAUCCGGAGGCCAGUGAAUUCAGGCCGGAACGGCUUGAGAAUGGAGCGGCUAGUGAUUUCAACAAACGUGGAAUUUUCCUGCCCUUCGGAGAUGGUCCUCGGAUUUGCUUGGGUAUGCGUGUGGGUCAACUGAGUGUUAAAACUGCCAUCCUGCACAUCCUUUCGAAUUAUGUGGUGGAACAGACAAAAAAGGUGCCUUUGGGCGCAGACACCGGCCUGGGAAUUUUCCUCAAUGGCGAUGUCGAACUGAAAUAUACAAAAUUGCGGAAAUAAAACGAAACGUUUAUUUUUGUAA